AUGCUUCUCGAUGCUACGUCCCCGACGGCUGCCCUCCACUACUGGGAGCUCUACAAGGACGUGUUGGUGUUGUCGGCGAAGGUGCUCGUGAUUUCCACGUGGGCGGAUAGCGCCGUGUGGGGCCACCAUCUGACCGGGAUUUGGCGGAGCGACCCAAUGUGCACCUGCGAGCGCAUCCGACACCGACGGUCACGGGACGGCCUUGCGACAUACGCGCAGAUCGCAGCCACGGCCUCGCAGCUCAGCGCAGCCAGGGCGCGCGGUGGCCAUGCAGCUGUCGCAGGGGACCCAGCGAAACCCAUGACGUUGCAGGCAACGGUCCACAUCCCACUGGGUACGACUGGCCCUCUGGAGGACUGGCUUCCGGCAGCUCUGAGUCGGGCCACGGCGCAACAGGGGCUACCCACAUUACGGCGUGCUGGCGACGACGCUGGCCUCAGGAUGCACGAGUGGCGCCCGCUCCGCGAUGUUGAAGGCCGGUGGAUGGGGAAUGUCGUGGUGCAGCUCGCCACCGAAGCUGAAAUCAGACACUCCAUGGGACUAUGCAUGGAAUGCGCCUGGCCGUCAACGGUCACGACGCUUCCGUCGAGGUGCGCUCGCAUCACUUGGACCUGGACACGGGCGGGAGGCAGCGUCCGCGAGGUGGGAAUUGACUAG